UCAAUAUUCGAGACAGAGCAUAAAAGUGACACACUCGAUUGAUAUCAAAAUGUCCCAAUCAAAUCUUCUUCUAUUCGACGCAAAUGGUCUGAAGUACGACUACGAUACUACUAAGCCUAACCUGGGAUCGACAACCUUCACGAAAUACCAGGUUGUGAACGGCAAAUGGAUUCUUUACAGAAGCAUUGAUUUCAAUGAAGCCAUCGCUGGUGGAAGCAGUUCUGACAUUGUGACUGCUGAUAAGCCUACUGGCGAACUUAGUUUGCCAUUCAGUGUAAAGUCUAUCAGGAGACUUCAAGAUAGCUGUGAUUCCUCGACGGUGUUUGCACAUUCCUACUAUGGAGGACAUGAAAAGGUGUACACUUCUGCCGUUCCAGACAUGUGUGCAGAUUUCCCAAAUUCAGGACAGGGUGCGUCAUCCCUCAUCAUAUGGCCCAACAAAUCUUGGAAUCUUUACAACCAAAAGUACUACGAGGGAGGAGAAAAGAACGCGAAAUCUGGUUGGUACCCAACCCCAUCUGCAGUGGGCUUCCCUAACGAUAGCUUGAAGAGUAUGAGACCAGCGUAAGCGCUUAGUAAUCUGCUGGCACCAGAAACAAGAGCCCGAUUCUCCGCGAUAAAAAAAACUAAGUGAUAACAAUAACUUGAAGAUGAAAAGGCCUCGCAAGCUAAUUCAACACUCAGUAAUAGUGUAAAGAAAAAUGCAUCACAAAUAAACACAUGUGUAAGAAUAAAACUGUAAGAAUAUGAAAAAACA